UAUAACUGAGCAACACUUCAAAUCAUAGAGAUAAAAAAGACAAGUAAUGAUAUUGGAAGAAUUUACCACGUUAAUUAACACUCAGUCAGGUUGGUUUUUGUACUGUCAGAAAGCUAGGUGAUGGUUUUGGAAAUCCACCAGUUCUACCACAAGGUUUCUAUUAUUAAGUCAAUAGUAAAAUMGGCAAGCGUUGCCUGUCAACUCAGCAAAUGACAGUGUAGACGUCGUGUGUGAUACUAAACCGCCAGGACCAGAUUUGCCGUGUCCAACAUGGCGACGGGAAAGAACGUGGCUAAGUCGGUGAGCUUCCUUGAUGAGAUUCCUGAAGAAGUUUGGUGUCGAUAUUGUAAUGGAGUUUACGAAAACCCACUCUUGUUACCMUGUUUACAUUCGUUUUGUACGAAAUGCGUCGAGGACUUUAAAAGCUCCACAAAAGGGAAAAUGGUUUGUCCUGUAUGUUCAACAGCUGUAGAAACUGAAAAUGAACCACUGUUGCCAAGCUUGCUUGCUCAGAAAAGGGUGGCGGAACUUAAGAGGCAACAAUUCGCAAGUAGACGCGAACCMUGUGGAGGAUGUGAUAGUCAUCCUGUUAAUGCCAAGUUCAAAUGCACCGAAUGCGAGGAGUUCCUAUGCGAUGACUGCAUACAAGCACACAAACGAGUCAAAUUCACUAAAGACCACGAAAUACUUUCACUGGAGGAAAUAGCUGAACGGGAAAAGAAACUUGUGAAAGAAACAUCACARGUUCAAUGCCAUCUACACGUGAACGAGGUCUUAGAGAAAUUCUGCGUGACAUGUGAUGUGACUGUUUGUAAAGAAUGUCAAAAUGGCAUUCAUUCGGGAAACCACCAACAUUCACCAAUGGACGUGGUUUUUGAUUCGUCAAAAUCAGAAAUGGAGGAAUCUUUAAGACAGACUAGAGAUAGGAUACCAGAAAUGCAGAGGAAGGUUUAUGAAAUAAUCAAAUCCUAUGGGCGUGUGCAGAACAAGGUCGAGGAUAUAACAUGGCAGAUACGAAAAACAUCGCGACAUCUUAUUCAAGCAGUUAAAGACAAGGAACACAAACUACUUAAAGAACUGCACUCUGUUCAAGAAAAGCGCUGUGAAGAACUCAUCGAGGAGAAGGAAACCAUGGAGAAAAAACUGGUGCAAACAAUCGAUAGCUGUGAUUUUACAGACGAUGUACUAAGACAAAGCAAGCAAACAGAAUUAAUGAUGAUUAAAAAACUCAUUAACGCCCGUCUUGAUCAUUUACUUCGUCAAGAUGCUGAACUUAAGUCCUCUAAAAUGAAAGUUGGAUUUGAGGCUAAUGAAGAACCGGUAUUUCGCGCCAUUGACGACGCGUUCGGCCGCUUGCUUAUCGAAUUCGCGCCACCUGUUAACGCGGAUGUGACAUCACCAAGUACUAAUACCGCUGACCCUAAAGGAAAACCGUCAACCAGUGAACAAGYUGAUGGCAGUAGCUCACAACAAAGUAUGAAAUCUUCCGUCAGCGAGCCCGUGUUGAAYACAGCUACCGAUGAAGAGUUGGAAGGUACCACAGAAAGGCGCUCUAGUCUACCACCAGUUGUUAGUAAAAAAGGCGCCAAAGCUGUUACCAAGACAACCACAGCUACGACUUUCAGUGUGACAACAAUGGAUUACAAAAAUAAAAGACAAGAAGUCCAAGUAGCGCUCGAGACCCCGGAUAAUAGUAUCAUCAGUGCGCAUGUCCUGGACAAUAAAGAUGGUACCUAUAACGUGUUUUAUUGCCCCAAAACAGACGAACAUAACCUAUAUAUCAGUCUAUCAAAUAAGUCUAUUAAACAUGGAAGUCGCGUGCUUAACAUCUAUGGCUCGUUUAAGGGCAUGCGUGGUGACGAACUGGCUUUGGCGUGUAAAGUAUUGUGUUUAAUUCGAUGGCAAAUCACGCCAGGAAUGGUAAAGAUGAAAAACAAAAAAAUUGUCCCUAAUCCUAAAGUUACAUUUCAAGACUUAGAGGACCCUUCAAAGGACGACCAGAGAGAGUCGAAGGCAUGAUAGGAUUUUUAAACUUAUUGGUAUCAAUAAAAAGUGAAAUGCUUUUU